GGCCGAGCAACCUCAGGCUGAAACAAAGGUUUGAGGUUCGAGCUGUCGAAGCCUUCGUAAACCCUAGGCGUACUGCGCAUCGCAUCCAUCUCUUUCCGCGCAUUUUAGCAGACGAAAUUCCAAAACUAAACCCAUUCCUUCUCCCUUUUCCUCUUCUCUUCCCGUCGAGCCGGGAAAAAUGAUAAACGAAGAAAAAAACUACAAAUAAUUUAGGGUGGGACUGUGGGAGAGAGAGAAAUUGCAUGCAUUUACGUUAUUUUUAGGUAUUCAAUAUUCUUAGAGAGUGUGUGGAUCCCAGAGAGAUUGAGAGGAGGAAAGAGACAGAUAGGAUUAUGGGAAGCAGCUUUGUCGCUCCACCAGUGAAGAAGCGUUCGAUAUUGUACACUGAAACUGGUUUGGCCGACCCGAACCCGUAUGCAGCAAAUGGGUCAUUCAAGCGCUCCAAGUCCAAGCAUCCACCGCCACCCCUCAGUAUUCCUCCGGGCCAUGUUGCUUUCCGAUUGCUCUGCCAAGCUUCCCGAAUCGGCGGCGUAAUUGGCAAGUCUGGUUCUGUCAUACAGAACCUCCAGCAAGUUACCGGGGCUAAGAUCCGCGUCGAAGAUGCCCCAUCCGAAUCGCCGGAUAGGGUCAUUGUUGUCAUUGCUCCGGGUGCUCUCAGCGGCAAGGUUUUUCUAAGACACCAGAGUCAAAAUUCGGAUUCGGAGCCGGCCGAGGAGGAUGACGAUGAUGGAGAUGGCGGGGGCGAAGAAGAAGCUGUUGAGGUCUCAAAAGCUCAGGAAGCACUGCUGAAGGUGUUCGAGAGAAUUCUGGAUGUUGCGGCGGAGACUGACGGCAUUAAAGUGGGGGAUGGAGUAGUGACCUGUAGGCUGCUGGCGGAUGAAGCACAGGUUGGACCGCUCAUUGGGAAGGGAGGGAAGGUGGUGGAGAAGAUUAGGAAGGACAGCGGAUGUAAAAUUAAAGUUUUGGCGGAAAAGUUGUCACCUUGCGCUGCCCCGUCCGACGAAAUGAUUGAGAUAGAAGGCAAUGUGCAGCCUGUAAAGAAGGCACUUCUUGCUGUUUCUCGCCGUCUUCAAGAUUUUCCUCCACCGAGCAGGUCAAAGAUGAUGGGAAGCAAGCCCCAUGAAGUGGUUCAGCAUGAAAGCUUAGUUGGCAUUCCACAUGACAAUUUAACUGUAGUUCCACGUGAGACUUUAUCUAAUCUGCAUGCCGACCAUCUUCUGCAGAGAGGCUCUGUGGUAUCUACUAUACCUAACAACUAUGCUUCAGGAGUUCAUUCACUGUCAGCUGAGGUAAACAGAGUCUCACCCCUGGAUCCAGCAACGCAUAAGCAGGAAGUUUCCUUUAGAAUUCUUUGUUCCAAUGAUAGGGUUGGUGGUGUAAUUGGAAAAGGUGGAAGUAUUGUCAGGGCCCUUCAGAAUGAGACUGGGGCUACUAUAAGUAUUGGUCCUUUGGUGGAAGAAUGUGAUGACAGAUUGAUUACUGUUACUGCUUCUGAGAACCUUGAAUCAAGAUAUUCCCCAGCACAGAAGGCCAUUGUCCUUGUUUUCUCCAGGACUGUUGAAGCAGGCAUUGAGAAGGGGCUAGACUCAGGAUCAAAGGGGUCAAGUGUUACUGCAAGACUUGUGGUCUCAUCAAACCAUGUUGGUUGUUUAUUGGGAAAAGGAGGAUCAAUAAUUACAGAAAUGCGGAAGGCAACUGGUGGUAUAAAAAUAAUGGGGACUGAUCAGGCUCCAAAGUGCGCAUCACAUAAUGAGCAGUUAGUACAGAUAUCAGGAGAGUUUUCAAAUGUUCAAGAUGCAUUGUAUAAUGCAACUGGCAGAUUGCGAGAUAAUCUGUUUUCCAGCACACAGAACAGUGUAGGAACAAAAACCAUUACAUCUGUAUUACCUGAUACCAGCCCUCAUGGGAGAUUGAGGGAACCUGUUUCUAUUGGUGUCCAACCAGCCAUUGGUCCUUCUCAUAGUCUGAGUAGACAUACCAUGUCUCAAAACAUAGAACAAGUUGUUUCUCGCUAUUUAGAUCAUCCCUCUUCACCAGGGUCAUGGGCACCACGGACGGUUUCUGGGAUAAACUCGAGAGGCAUUAAUGAUGUUGGCAGGGGAUUCACUUCUCUAAAAGGUGGCUUAGAACUUGGCAGCGGAAGCAAAAUAGCUAUGGUGACUAAUACAACUGUGGAAAUUGUUAUUCCUGAUGAUGUUAUUGGCUCAGUUUAUGGGGAAAAUGGUAGCAAUUUGGCUCGUUUGAGAAAGAUUUCAGGUGCCAAGGUUAUUGUCCACGAACCACGUCCAGGAACAAGAGACAGGACCAUUGUUAUAUCCGGUACGCCUGAUGAAACCCAAGCAGCUCAGAGCCUUCUUCAAGCAUUUAUUCUGACAGGUUCUUCAUGACAGAAGCCCCCAGGGAUGGCCUUCUUCCUUGCCCUUUCAACCAAUUUUCCCCACUUUUUUAUGUACAUUAAAGAUGGAAAUAUUAGGUCUUGUAUCAAGCCCUGCCAGGCAUUUUUCGCUUAAUUGAAUUCACCUUGAGCAUUUUGCCCACUUUUUGUACUGAUUCAAUCCCACAACCACUUGAUUCUGUAGGAAUAAUUUAGUAAGCCUUCAUCGGACAGUAUUGUUCUCUUGGAUGAUGGAACCCAGUUUUAGAA